AUGAUGACUGCAGCCGCAGCGGCCGGGGAAGGGGCGCACAGCCCCAGCCCCGCCGCCGUGUCCCUCGGCUUGAGCGUGGCGGUAGUUUCCAGCCUGGUGAACGGAUCCACUUUCGUGCUGCAGAAGAAAGGCAUCGUGAGGGCAAAGAGACGAGGUACUUCAUAUUUAACAGACAUAGUUUGGUGGUCUGGAACAAUUGCAAUGGCUCUUGGUCAGAUUGGAAAUUUCUUGGCUUAUACAGCAGUUCCGACUGUGCUCGUCACUCCUCUGGGUGCCCUUGGUGUUCCAUUUGGGUCUAUUUUAGCUUCUUACCUUCUGAAAGAAAAACUGAACAUCUUGGGCAAGUUGGGAUGUUUGCUAAGUUGUGCUGGUUCUGUUGUUCUUAUCAUUCAUUCCCCGAAAUCUGAGAGCGUAACAACUCAGGCUGAGCUGGAAGAGAAACUUACAAAUCCAGUGUUUGUUGGCUACCUGUGCAUAGUGCUCCUCAUGCUGCUGCUUCUCAUCUUUUGGAUAGCACCAGCCCAUGGACCUACCAAUAUCAUGGUGUACAUCAGUAUUUGCUCAUUGUUGGGGAGUUUCACUGUACCAAGCACUAAAGGAAUCGGGCUAGCUGCUCAAGAUAUCUUUCAUAAUAAUCCAUCAAGUCAAAGAGCCCUAUACCUUUGUCUGGUCCUUUUAGCUGUACUUGGCUGUAGUAUCAUCAUUCAAUUUCGCUAUAUUAAUAAGGCACUUGAGUGCUUUGAUUCAUCUGUAUUUGGUGCCAUCUAUUAUGUUGUAUUCACCACUUUGGUCUUGUUGGCCUCAGCGAUUCUUUUUCGAGAAUGGAGUAAUGUAGGACUGGUAGAUUUCUUGGGAAUGGCAUGUGGAUUCACUACUGUUUCCAUUGGCAUUGUCCUUAUACAAGUCUUCAAAGAGUUCAAUUUCAACCUUGGGGAGAUGAAUAAACCUAACAUGAAAACUGAUUAAAAUACAUUUAUGGGGAUUGGGUGGCUCAGGGAACCAGUAGCGGGAUAUGGUUACUGGUCUGAAUUUGACCUAGGUUUGCGGAGACCAAAAUGUGUAAACAUCUCAGAUGUUUGAGUUGUUGGUGGAAUUAGUAGGUGGCCUCUGUCAAAUUCCUACUGAACAAAUGUCCAUAUCCCUAAAAUCACCACUUCAUAUGGCAUUCAUCAGCACUAUCAGUGGCUAUCAUUAGCAGAAGGGCCAAGAGUUGAAACAGCAUAGAGAGUGAUGCACUGCCUCCCCUGAAAAUUAAAUCCCUCCCAAAAUGUCUGAGGUUUCUCAUUCAGCAUUGUGGAAUGGCAGUCAAGGCGUCACACUUAUCUGUCGACUAGUCUUCUGUUUCUCAUUGUCAUUAACCAGGAAGCUUUCGAGAAUGUCAUUUCCUUAAAAAAAAAAAGUUUAAAAGCCAAUUUAAAUAGAAAAAAAAAGAGAUGGUGCUCCCUUUUCUUCUUACAAUGCUAAAUGUUCUCAUUUGUUAGAUACUUACAUUGGAAAAGGAUGUAAAAUGUUAAUUGGACCAUAGGCUUGAAAUCCAGCAGUUUAGUGACCACUUUUACAUUUGUCUUUCUGGAUUAUAUAUGUGUCUCUGACAUAAAAUUCAGGUAUUUAUUCAAAUAAAAGAUAACCACUAAAAAUAAUUAAAAAUCUUCUUUUUAAAAAGUAGGUCUCCAAGAUCAGUUAAUGGCAAAACAUUGGGGAGGGAAGAGGUAAAGAAAAGAAGUAAAGAAAUUAUGAGAAAAGAAAUAAAGAAAUUAUGUACUGGUUUGUUUGCAAAAAGAAUUUAAAUAUUUCAGUGCCUUUGCCUUUUAAAAAUACCCCUUAAUUUGA